AUGGAAGGUACAGAACUGGGUGGCGACCAGCAAUUCUGUUUGAGAUGGAACAAUUUUCAAGCGAACAUAACUUCUCAAUUCGAAGCACUACGCGAUGAUGAGGACUUCGUGGACGUCACCCUGGCAUGUGAAGGACACAGGCUGGAGGCCCACAAAGUGGUUCUUUCUGCGUGUAGUCCCUAUUUCAAGGAAUUAUUUAAAAACAAUCCAUGCCCCCAUCCAAUAAUAUUUAUGCGGGACUGCGAGGUGUCGCACGUGCGCGCGCUACUGCAGUUCAUGUACGCUGGACAGGUGAAUAUUGCGCAGGCGCAGCUUAGCGCGUUCCUGCGAACCGCGGACGCGUUGCAGAUCCGCGGCCUCACUGAUUGCUCACAACACAACGACAAAAAAGCCAAUCGAAAAUCUCCCCCUUCCCAAUUGCGUAAUUUGCUCAGCGCCAAGCCGUCACAUUCUACCUCCUCCUCCAAAGCCGCAAACCAAAACGUCGAAUCGACUUCAGCCGAUGACCACGAGAAGAGCGCAAGUCGUCAUUCUGCGAGAAAUUCUCCCGAUGUUGCCAGAAAUAAUCUCAAUGAAGAAGCUCCCUUUCAAACUUCUAGUCAAAUGAGGCCUAAUAAUAAUGACUAUAGCGAAUCCUGCACCUAUCCUACGUUAAGGGUGAAAACUGAUCUCGAAGCACCAGAGGUGAACAAUGAUGAAAAUGAUAUUUUAAUGGACUCCGGCGAUCCGGACAGAUUGGAGAAAUGCGGUCAAGAUUUUAGCGCAUCGGAUCUGCUAGAACCGAAAAUGGAAGUAAUGGAACAGGAAGCUAGCGACGAGGAACGGUCUAGCUUCCAACAAGUUUACUACAACGAAAACAAUGCGCUAGCCAAUCCCUUUGCGACGCUUCAAGGUAACGUGGAUCUCAUGGGCGGACUGAACACGGAGCUGCGGGACGAAAACACGGAAGAGAGCGCGCGCGAUUCCGUUCAAGUCAGGUGGCUAGGCGCGCGGGUGUCGGGUGACGACCGCGCGGGCGACCGUCCGCCCCCAAGCCAGCGACCCACCGCCUCCAAUGCUAACAGAACCGCCGCGCCUGCACCACCGCGACAACUACCGACCUAU